AUGAUCUAUGAAACAGAAUCAGCCAAUGAUCAGAACAUCCAGCAAGCAAAUAUUUACAACAAAUAUACUCCAAUCUAUGAUUCCAUUCAAAAGCAAGCACCUAAAAUGUUUGACGAAAUCAAAUCGCAACUGUCUCGUCUUAUUCAAUUCGGUGAAAUUGAAUCCGGAUUUUCAUUUUGGUCAAAUAAAUUAGCAGAUUUCAUUACACUCUACGGUUUUUAUUUUACGAAAAAUGAUCAUAUCAAACUGGUUAAUUACUAUCUUUCCAUCCUCACCAUUGAUAAUUUAAACUAUACACACGUUAGAACAUGUUUCAAUCAACUUCGCCUACUCUUACGAGAACUUGAAUUGAUCACUCGAGAUGAGUUAACCAUCGACUGGCGAAUAUUGUAUCAUUGGGGUGAAUUAAUUCGUUUUCAUCAUGAUGAAAACUAUGCCUUAGUCACAAUGCCAAAUGAUAUGCAACAAGUCUUUUUCGAUUGCAUGCAUGUUUGCCGUUGUUAUUUUUCGUCUACAGCAACACAAGAAAUAUUGGAUAAACUUCGACCGUGGUUCUGUCCUUUUGAUAGUGCAUUUGAAGAUGCACUGUAUUUCUUUCAAAUUUUCCUGCCGAUUCAUUUACCGUCUGAUUUACAUGAACAAGGAUUUAAACUAUGGUUGCUCGAAUUUCUUGGAAUAUGGGAGAGUAUUCAACGGUUCUAUCCUAAUUGGGAACAGUAUUUUAUUAACCUAUUUUCUGUGGUGGCAUGGCAUAAUAUUGGAUAUAUCGAUUGGGAACCUUGGAUUUCUCAGAUUUUUACACGGUUUCUGAGAAAUCUAUCUCUUCCAGUUGGUAAUCUUUCAACAACAUCCUUGAAUACUCCUUAUUUGUCAAGUACCAUAGCAACAUUAAUCGUAGCAAUGAUUGGAAACGGAAGUUCAUGUCUCGAGCAUAUCAACGAUUUCUUUAGGUCAAUUAAGAGUUUUUAUCAUCUAUCAAAUACCGAGUACUUUCAAGGAAAUAUUGUCGAAUUUCUCGCUGAAUUAACCAAUCAGUUUCUCGAACGAGUUUGUCAAGAGAAGAAUAUCGGACAAACCUGGUACUUCCAAGUGCGCGCAUCUUUUCAGUUAACCGACAAAGAUAUCGAUGAAUUUGUCAAUUCGCUUAAAGAAUGCGUUUACAUUUCAAUCUUUAACAAAACAGAUCUCGACAAUGCCGCUCGAGCAUUUCGAAAUCUAGCAAUGCUUCGCCCGGAUCAGGUCAUUCCGAACCUCAUCGAACAAUUGUUUCUAUCCAUCGAUAACAUGAUCGAACCGCACCGUUUUACAUCGAUUUUGUAUUGUUUAACAAACGUGACAUUGGAGAUUGCUACACAAAAGCCGACAGAUGUUCUUCCAUUGUUGAUUGCUGUUUUACCUGGAAUUGAUUCGAAUGAUUUCGAUAAAACCAGUGUCACUUUACAGUUUCUCAAGUCGAUGUUAUCAUUGAUCACUUGUGUGGAUUGUUCAGCAGCAGUUCAAACUCGAAAUGAUCUGACUGAAAUCGAAAAGGAAGUCUGUUUAUCCACAAGUAAAUUCGAAGAUUUUCUAACUGAAUUUCUCAAUCGAUGUUUUCAAAUCAUUGAUCAUCUCUCAACGAUCGAAUCCGACGCUGAUACGAUCACAAAUUUCGAUGAAAAUAAUAUUGUCAGCGAACUAACAUCGGUGAUCAACGCGAUUGUUCAACAAUGUAGUGACAAACUUUUUGAAGUCCUUCAAAACAAAAUCACGAACUUUCUCGCCGUUUCAUCGAUGACUUCAAAAGUGAAUAAUCUGAUGACGAUUCUCGUUCGACCACUUUUGCAAGCAAACUCACAUGAAACAUUGAAAUAUCUUUUACCGCAAACAUGCGAACGAAUUGAGAAGAUCGUUGAUGAUUUGAAAACGACGAUUUUCACCGAUUAUCAAGGAGAUGCGGAGCUUACUUGGUAUUUGAUUCUCUUUUCUGAACUUCUUCGAGCGCGUGGAGAUUCGUUGAUCGUUUAUAAAUCAAUGAUUUUCUCAAUUUUCCAACGAUCAGUUCGCGUUAUCCACCGAGAAUCAUACGGAGCUGUAGCAGAUGCGGCGCAAUAUCUGCUUCGGAGUCUUUCGUAUGUUUAUCCAACCGAAUAUCGUCUAACAAUGCAAAGUAUCAACGAACCAUUCAACGAUUUCCUUCCUAUCCGGUCGUGGGGCCAACAUAUCAACAUCGAUGAUGUUCAUCCUCAAUUUCAUAUUCCCAAUCAGGAGGAAAUCACAUUUACUUGUGAAUUUGUUGAAACAUUUCUUUAUCCCGAAUUGGCUUUGCUAACGGAAAAAUGUUCGGAAAUAUCCAAAGACGAACGACUUCGAUCACUGCGACUAAUCUCUUCUAUUACAACUGGCUUUUUGCGAAUGGUUCCCAAGAUCAAUGAUGAAGAAGUCGCUGACCGCACUAGCACAUCGUCGAUGAUCUCUCUCGAAUCUAAGUAUAAACUUCCACUUAUAAUCUAUGCCGGUGAACCAAAAUUUCAAGAGAAUUUGCGACGUCGUCUGGCUAUCGAUAUUGGAAAUCUACUUGACGAACUCGUUGAUAAGCAUCCCGAUGAUACAGCGUCGAUUUCGCUUGCUUUACAAGUUUAUUCGUUACCUUCAUGUUACUAUGGCUUCUUAGCAAACGAAUGUGAGCGAAUAUCCGAUGAAUUAAGUUCAUUGAUCUAUUCAUAUGAAAGUGAAAUUAAGAACAAACGAUCCUAUCCUCGUUUUAUUCUAAUCCAAUGUAUCGAUGAACAACUCGAUUUGUUCUCUCUGUUUUAUUCCGAACCAUUCACGGAAAUGGAUAAACAAGUUGUGAACAAACUGGUCGAAUUAUCUAUGAAUCGAUAUAGUGAUAUUCGCGCAAAUGCUCAACAAUCUUUAUUUGUGCUUUUGAACCGUUAUCAUUUAUCCUAUAAACUAAUUGUCAAUCGCCUUUUGGAACUUCUGAAUGCAUCCGAAGAAGUGAAUCACGAUGAAUUCAAAGGUUGUUUGUACAUCUUACUGGGUACUGACUCGAUUUUCUUACCGGAAAAACGUUCAUGGCCGUUACUUGAAAAGCUCUGGCCUGCGAUAGCAUACACCAAACAUGCAACCAAGACAAGUACACAAGAUUUAAUCAUGCAAAUUCGACAGAAAAUUUUCGAACGAUUCGAUGCUCCAGCAAUUAUUGAAGAAACAAAUCCUCGAGCAUUACGUGCAGCGAUUGAUCUUUGGCGUGAAUUAGAAUCUGAAGAGAUGAAAAUCGGAAAUGAGAAUCGAGCGAAGUCCAACGAGGAAAAUGUUCAAUCAUACACAAAUCUUAUGAAAGUACUGAGUUUUACAUCGAAUGAUAUUCAUUUAACUUGGCACCAACAAAAAACAAUGAUAAACUUCAUUGCUAUGCUUCUUCAAAAACGAGUGCCUUUACCUACUUCGUGUAUUCAAACAGGAAUGGAUCUAUUCAUCCAUGAUAACAUUGAAUUACGAUUUAUGGCCGCGAGUUUUCUAUCGACUGUCUGUCGUUUGCAGAAACCACCUCGAAUUUAUGUUGAGAAGACACGCGAGGAAAUCAUUGGACAGGUGAUCAAUGAUGAGAUUCAUCCAGGUGAUCGAAAGGAUAAUCUCUGCGUGACAAUCGAUGACUAUCAACCAGCGAAAACACAAGCUGAGUGGGAGGAAAGUUGUUUUCUAGAUAAGAGUUUCUAUGGAUACUACCAAUGGCCGAAAGUGAUUAAAUAUUCAUUGAACAAACGAGAGAGAUAUACGAAAGAAAACAUGCCGGAACAAGUUACGAUUGUAUACGAUCGAUUUAUGGAUAAAACGUUCGUUGAACAAGCAAUUCAAUUUAUGGUGUCGGAUUUAGAAGAAGGCAAUGGAUUUGAUAUUUUUCGAUAUCGAAUGUUCAAAGGUCUUUUCAGAAAUUUUGGUUCGGCUUUUAUUGAUAAUUUUAUGGAAAUACUCGAAUCGCUGGUGCAUGAAAAAGUAACAGAAAAGCAAGAAGCAAGUGCUCAAAUAGCAGCCGAAAUUGUUGCUGGGAUGAUUCGUGGAUCAAAAUAUUGGACAAAAGAAAUGCAUGAUCGAUUGUGGUUUAAACUGACGCCAUUUCUUACGACAGUCUGCACUAACCUCAGUUCGGAAGUAGUGAACAGUUGGUACAAUUGUUUUCAUCAAGCUUUGGGAGAUAUGGAUCCACGACGAAUGUAUCGUGCCAUUGAAUUUCUUCUUUUUUUGAUUAAAAGUUCUUCGACAACGAAUACCAUCGGCGAAACAUCACGCUGGACUUUAAUCAAAUCAUUACGCACCUUCGAAUGGCGUAUUCCCAAAGUCUGGCAUACUGUUAACGUCUAUGCAAAAGAUUUACUCGAACAUCCGCUCAAUGUCGUACGAGAACGAGUUAUUUCGAUUCUCGCAACAUCACUCAGUCAUGAUGUUACCUUAGCUAACGGCCAAUCAACACGAUCUCCAAAGAUUGACGUUUUUCUCAAUGAAACUCGUAAACGAUUGUAUGAAGUGAUUCGUACGUACGAAAGAGCUUCUAUCGAUAGGUCUGAUGAAGUCGAAGAGAUCGAUGCACAAAAUCAGAAAGCGUUGGCUUUUAUUGAAUCAGUGAUUGAACUCUACAUCAAAAUACUCGAUAGAUGUUUGCAACCAAUACAACGUGGAAUGAUUGAAUUAUUUCCACAGCUGUGUGAUCUUGAAAAUAUCGUUGCGCAUGACGAAAACCUUCAAGCUCGUUUGUCACUCAGUCGAACAAGCAUUACUACUUUGCAUAUACAAAUUCCGUUUCUUGAAACAUUUAUCGACCAGAUCGAAUAUACGUGUAAAAGUAACAAGUGGCAUACACGUCGCUCAGCUCUUGAGUUUGCUCAGUAUUUGAUCUUCAAUAAUCUAUUCAAUGCUCGAUCUUUUGCAGCACGCAUUCGUAAACUUGUGUUUCAACAUCUCUCUGACGAACAGCUCGAAGUGCGAUCAGUUGCUUCGAUUACUCUCGCAGGUUUUUACCAGUGCAGUUUGAUUCCAAUCACCAAAAAAGAUAGAGAAUAUUUUCAUCGGAUGAGUAAAACGAACUAUCUGACCAAAGUUGACGGUGAAAAAAUCACAUCAACAGAGAAUAUCAUCAAGCGACAUGGUGGUGUUCUCGGUCUAUGUGCGAUGGUUCUUUCAAGUCCGUAUGAUAUUCCUGAGCACGUUCCGGAUGCUCUAAUGGAUUUGUGUGAGCACUUACACGACCCAAUUCUUAUCCGAGAAUCAGUGAAAUAUGCUCUAUCGGAAUUUCGUCGUACACAUCAUAAUUCUUGGCACGAACAUCGCGCGAAAUUCACUGAAGAUCAGCUUAUCGUUCUCACUGACGUUCUUAUUUCCCCCAGUUACUAUGCUUGA